GGUAUUUUGACUUUCUAGGUUUCUAGCUGUGGCUUACAUAUAUAAAGUUGAGACGACUGAUUCUGUGUCACUCUUAGAACGAGACCUUUUUAGCUUUUGGAGAGUGAAGACAGCGUUUGUUGCGCGACUUUAACACGGGUUCAUCUGAAGGGCGUUGAUCAACCACUCACCACCACUCAGCCAACUACUCCAAGCCUUCAAAGGACAACCAAACAUCCACCUCACCAAAAGGGUAACCAAACGACGCAACAAUGCCCGACCCCGCAACAGAAAUCAAGAAGCCGGCACGCCUGCCCUCAGCCACGCACCACGUCAUCGUCAAGCUCGAGACGAUUCACGUGCCGCCUCCAGAGGUCAAUGAUGGCGACCUGGGAGAGAACGUGACGCACGAGGUUAUCGGGUACGAGUAUACCCGGCCCUCGGAGAGCGCUGUCGCGGCGGCGAGGGCGUGGCCUGCGAGUGUGCUUAUUACGACGACUGUGCCUAUUAAUAAGGAGACACUUGGGGAGGCGCCGUAUUUAAAGUGUAUCAUCACGGAGACAGUGGGAACGGAUCACAUCGAUCUGGAGGAGUGCAAACGCCGCGGCGUGACCGUCAUAUACUCGCCCAACGCCACAGUCGAAGCCGUCUCCGAGCAUGCCCUCGGCUUGUACUUCUCAUCCCGCAGACGCUUCGUGACGCUCCACAACACAAUGAUGGACCACGCCGAGGGCCGCCCGAAUCCCUGGCGCGCAAAGGGGAGCAUGUCCUCCCUCCUCCUGGACAGCGAGGGCCGCCCGCCGCAUACCUGCGGCAACGAGGUUGUGGGGAUGAUCGGCUACGGGCCCAUAGGGCAGCGCGUCGCCAAGAUGUGCCGUGCGCUGGGGAUGGAGGUCCUCGUCGCCGCGAGGAAGAGCGAUGCCACCGGGUCCGCCCCGAACGGCAACGGAGAUACACACCGCACGCCCUUCGCAGAAGUCCUCCGUCGCGCAACAACCCUCUUCCUCAUCGUCCCGCUCACAGCAGAGACCAAGAACCUCGUCGGUGAAGCCGAGAUGGCGACGAUGAGACCUGACACUGUGAUUAUCAAUGUCGGGCGGGGCGGGACCGUCAACGAGGCGGCGCUGGUGGCGGCGUUGCGGGAGGGGAGGAUCUCGGGAGCGGCGACGGAUGUUUAUGAGGUUGAGCCGGCGGGGAGCGGGCGGGAUAGCGUGUUGUUGGGGAAUGAGGCGAAGAAUCUGAAUCUGACGCUGACGCCGCAUUUGGCGUGGUGCGCUGAUCAGACGAGGGUGAAUAUUCGGAGGGUUGUCGGGGAGAAUGUGAGGUUGUUUUUUGGGGGCGGGAAGGGGAGCAAUGUUGUGCUUGAUAUGCGAUGAGACAUAUGGAUUUGUCGGGUUACGGGAUUAGGAGAUGUUCAUCCCAUAGAAGUUGGAUGACUAUUGUUAAUAUAGUAUCUUGAAGUCUGAGCACACGUCGGCGAGGUUGUGGACAAGCCAAAAGAUUGAUGAGGCUAUUCUCAC